AUGGAUUUGAAACUCUAUGUAUCGUCAAGUUCAGAUUCGGAGUCGUACGCAGGAUCAGAUUCUGAGUCGAAGUUAGAGGUAGAGCUAGAGCUACCAGAUGGUCAAUUGGAAGCUUCGGCGCCUUAUGGUAGUGGUUCGGGUUUAAAGAGAAAUUUUGAAUUUAGUCCAGAAAGUGGUUGCUCAGGCUCGGACUCGGAUUCGGUUAGCGAGUGGGAAGAUGUUCCACUAGAGCGUGCGGAGGAUUCCUUCACAGUUACGCUAAACCAGCCUCAACAGGAUGAGAAGGCCCGCAGACGCGCCGAGAGUAUAGAGAGCAGGAAAAAGAAAGUUGCAGUGCACCAGCUAGGGAUUGUGUCGUACUUGUUGCAUGGUUACUUGAGAAACAAGUGGAUCAACCACUCUGUCGUACAGAAAAAACUUCGGAAGAUACUUCCCAAAAAGUUGUUGAAGAGCGCUAAGUCGUUCUGGAAGGCUGUAUCGAUGCCCGCCAGGGGCGGUAAUUUGGAGAACGACUUGAUCUAUGUCCUCAAGUACGCUAUAAAGUGGUUCAGACUCAAUUUUCGAGUCGAUUGCAAUGGGAUCCGGGCUCUAGGUUACAUUCCUGUCGACAAACUCGAGCUGGACUACGAAGAACAUUAUCCACCUUGUAGUAAACCUAUUGGCAAUUUAAAGGCAUUUGCAUCAGUUGCAGGUAAACUCCAGCAUAAUAGAGACACGGGAGCGCAGUUGUUUACUUGUAUACUAAGGAUACUAGGAUUUGAGGCUAGAUUGGUGUUUUCACUACCACUUUUGCCAGUCACAAAUAACCCCAAGUGCACACAACCUAAGGUAGACCUUGAAAGGUUGAGUAGGAUUAAGGAUAAUGAUCUUCUUUAUCCAUACUAUUGGACAGAAGUUGUCAAUCCGAUCAAUAACGAUGAAAUCUUUGUUAUCGAGAAUAUCUGUUUUCAUGACGAGGAGAAACGGUUCUUGAAACUAAAGCGAUACAGAGAGCACGAUGAUUCAGGUAAACUUGAUUUGGAUCAAUUCUAUACUCCUCACUUUUUUCCAAUAGUCAAUUCACUCAAUAAAAUGACUAUGCACUAUGUGGUUACAUUGACAGAAUUCAACACUAUCUUCGAAACAAGUGCGAGAUACAUGCCAGAUGUAGCCCAUAGGUGGUUCAAGAAACUAGAUCUAAGAACGCUAAGUGGUAGGUCAGCUUUACUCUUUCACACUGUACUAAGAAUUCUUAACAAGGGUAAUACCAAGGGGAUAAACCCAUUAGAAUUGGAGGCACUAGAAAAGAUUUCAAUAUUGAAUUGCACCAUUCCAACUACAUACUCUGCAAUGAGGAAAAGCCCCAAUGUUGUAACUCCUUCUGCAUUGCGAUACAAUGAAACAAUUCCGGCAUCAGUUAAACCCUUAGGCUUCAUAAAUAUAGAAAAUAGAGGUAAGAAGGAACCAGUAUAUUUCAAAAGUUGUAUAAUUGCUGGAAAAUCAGAACAACAAUGGAAAUUACUUGGAAGAUCCAUACUAGCAAGUGAAAGAAACUCUCCAAUUAGGACAACAAAAUUUCAAAGACCUAGGACUUUACUAAAGAGAAGACGAUACAAUUUAAAUGAAUUAAGUGGCCAAAGUAGUGAAAAUGAUGUUAAACUAUUUAGCUACAUGCAAACGUGUGUGUACAUUCCAUUAGAAGUCACCAUGGAUUCGAACGGAAUUAAAAGGCUCCCGAGAAAUAGAUACGGCAACUUGGAAAUAUUUCGACCUUGGAUGCUACCGAAGGAUUGCAGUUGGUUGAAAUUAUCUAAGAUACGGGAAAUAUUUGAAGUUUGCAAAAAACUUGAUCAAAUUGACUUUGAUUAUGUGCCAGUAGUUACUGGAUUUAACUUUACUAUAAGACCCGGAUUUGCAAUUCCUCAAUUUAAUGGUAUCUUAGUGUGUAAAGAAUUUGAAGUGUGUGCAAAGAGACUCUGGUUCUCAAGUAUAAUGAAACAGAAUAGAAAAGAGUUUGAUGCUAGAAAUCUACGUGCAUUGAGGGCCUGGAAAUUAUUCAUGAAAGGAUUGAAAAUUAAGGAGAGGUUAGAUAAGUAUGACUAA